AUGGAAGACUCGGGCAUGGAAGGGUGUCGCCUUCGCCUACGCAAUACUUUUCUCGAGGUGACCUCAGAGGAGGACUUACAGACUUCGUGGAGCAGGUUUGCUUCUUGGCCUUGUGCCGAGAGUCAUGCACCAGAACAACGAGGAGAGUCGAUGAUGCGCUUCGACGAUGGGCCGCAGGUCCCGCAGUCCCCGUCUUCGUCCACCGUGGAGACGGAUUUCACAGAGUCGACUACCCAUUCGAGUUCAGGUGAAUGCAACCCGUGCCUCUUCUUUGCGAGCUCCGCAGGGUGCAAACAUGAGAGUUGCUCGUUUUGCCACAUCCAUCCUGCAAGAAAGGAUGGUCCAACAAGACGUGCACGCAAGCAAACUCGCGACAAAUACAAGAGCCAGGUCAUGCAGUUGUUGGCGGGCAAUCAAGAGGACAUGCAGGCGCAGCAGGUGAAGCUUCAGAAGCUUGCCAACGGCAAUUGGUUUGUCCGCGCAUACAUUCUGGCCUGCCUGAAUGGCCACGAAAAUGUUGUCGACGGGGGCAUCAACCGAAUUCCUGAGGAAGAUCGACGUAAAGUUCUUCAACCUGGGCCCGUCCAACGCACAGAGUGA